AAUUAAACUUGUUAGGGGGAUUGCAGUGUACAGACGUGCCUCAAAAGGCCAUUAAGCCCCUUGUUCGAGAAGAAGAAUGACACCCUGCCCUUCGCGAUUAAAAUUAAUCAGCCAGACCACUGCUCGGGACCGACGACCAAAUAGCUACAUCUAAUCAGCCAAUAAGAGGCCGGGAGCACUUUGUCGUCAGUGACAAAGCGUCCUCAUUCUAGCGUAAACUGAAUAAUCUGAUCAACGCCAGGGUUCUUGUCGCGACGCGAGUUUUUGAUGCGUCAUGACAAGGCUUUGUUGGGCUAGCAUAAUAUCAUUUGGUAUGGUAUUCUUGUCAAAGGGACACAAUUCUGAAAAUGCAGAUAAAGCAAAUCUUCGCCAAAGCGUUUUUCGCCAUAAAAAGAAAAAAAAACCCACAAAAGAUUCAGCAUUGAACGUUGUCCACGAGGUUUGAUGUGAAUAUACUUUGAGUCGCCAUGUCCGCCCAGCUACAAAGUGAGGCCGCCUUCGAAAGUGGCCUCCUCGGAUUCAUCAACCGACAAUGGUUCAAAUACAGACGACCACUCCCGGCCGGCACGAGCCUGGAGGGCCAGACGGCCAUUGUCACGGGGGCCAACAGCGGUCUUGGGCUCGAAGCUUCCCGACAGUUCCUACAGUUAGGCCUCUCGACACUCAUCAUAGCUGUGCGAUCAGUAGGUAAGGGAGACGCAGCGGCGAAACCUUUGCGAGAGGCGUUUCCAAAUGCGAAUAUCGAGGUGUGGACAUUGGAUAUGGUGAGCUACGACUCAAUCCAGGGUUUCGCAGCAAGAUGCCACGAACUUGAGCGCAUCGACAUCGUGAUACUCAAUGCCGGCAUACAAACCUCCCAGUACACAAUCGUGGAGGCGACUGGCCACGAGCAAGUUCUUCAAGUCAACUACCUCUCGACAGCCUUGUUGUCACUCCUCCUGCUUCCAAUUUUGAGGUCAAAGCGACAAAAUCCCUCGCACCCUCCUGUACUCUGCACCGUUACAUCCGAUAUGGCUUAUUGGUCAAGUUUGCAAACGAAAGGGCCGGUGCUCGCACAGCUCGAUCGGAAGGAGGGCUACUCGACCGUCCGUCAAUACAUGGGCACCAAACUACUGGAGAUGAUGUUCGUUACUAAGCUUGCCGAGCAGGUCAAUGCCGACGAGGUCAUCGUCAACAUGGUUAGCCCAGGUUGGUGUUCAGGUACAGCCAUCGGAGGUGAGAGCCCUGGUGGCGAGAGCCUGUUGUUCAGAGGCCUCAAGGCAUUGGCGACCAGGAGUGUCGAAGUUGGCGGUUCAACCUACAUCGAUGCCACCGUGGUUCAAGGGAAAACAAGCCACGGCAGUUUCUGUAGUGACUGGACAUUGCGGCCCUUCAGUUAUCCGCCACUGCUCUAUACCGACGACGGGCUCCAGGUUCGGGAGCGGUUGUGGGAAGAGACAAUGGAAGAACUCAAUUUCGCGGGUGCAUCGAAGAUCGUGCAGGAUCUGGUGAACUGA